AAACCAACAAAAAGCGGAAACAAAAGAAAUCGCAAAUUUCUAGAAACAAAUUUUGGUGAGCUGGGCAGAGAUACAGGCAUACAACUGACAGCGUUCACUGUUAACACCAUACACCUAACUCAGGAGGGCUGACAUGGCUUUGAAAAGAAUACAGAAGGAGCUACAUGACUUGCAAAGGGACCCUCCUGCUCAAUGCUCAGCUGGACCAGUUGGAGAGGACUUGUUUCAUUGGCAAGCCACAAUCAUGGGACCUACUGACAGCCCAUAUCAGGGAGGAGUGUUCUUCCUCACCAUCCACUUCCCAACAGACUAUCCCUUCAAACCACCAAAGGUAGCCUUCACAACGAAAAUCUAUCACCCAAACAUAAACAGUAAUGGUAGCAUCUGUCUGGAUAUCCUGAGGUCACAGUGGUCCCCAGCACUUACAGUUUCAAAAGUUUUAUUGUCCAUAUGCUCUUUGCUAUGUGACCCAAACCCAGAUGACCCCCUAGUCCCAGACAUAGCACACAUCUACAAGCAGGACAAAGAAAAGUACAACAGAUUAGCAAGAGAUUGGACUCAAAAGUAUGCAAUGUAAAGGACUGAAGUUUGAGACAACGGAAGAGGUUUAAGCAAAUUAACUUCAUGGACACUUCUGAAAACAGUACUGUUGCCACCCCUCAUCCACACUGGUUCAAGAAGAAGUGUUGUAUAUGGGAAGCACUUUCUAUCCCCAAAUUAACUGCUUUUAUGCUAUGAAGUCAUUAUUUUCCUUUUGUUUGAUGUUCCCAAUGUUAUAUAACUUAUUAUUGAGUUAUUUCUGAGAUGACCCAUACAAAAAACAGACCAAUUAUGACUCCACCACCUCCAUCUUAUAGUUUUUUUCUCCUUUUAGAGAUUUUUAUUGUGUAGUAUAAAGCUAUACUGAAUCUAUUUUUAUUAUUUUGCAUUAAAAGUUAAACAAAACGAUCCUGUCUUUAUUGUUAUUCUAGGGAGACCUAUUUUUGAUUAGGGCAGUAGAAUUCAGAAAUUCUUCCCAUAUCAUUUUGUAUUUCACCACUAGAUGACAGCAUUUACCUCUUCUCACCUACGACACAGGAGCACGGCUCAGUUGAAUGCAAAUUCGAAUUAGGGCUAUAAUCUGGCAGGUUACGCAAAUGGAUUACACAGUUACCUUGUUUUUCCCAAAUCUAUAACUCCACAGUUAAUAGCAUUUUUAUAUUUUUUUAUAUAAAUUUCAGCUACUAUCAGGUUUAAUUAUGACAGUGCGUUCUGACUUUUCAGAUGGGAUGUCUAGAUGGAAUAGGGCUUUUGUCAAAUUGACAUCAAAAGCAGAUUUUUUUUUGGGGGGGGGGGUUGGUAUUUUGGCUAAAUGUAAUCCUUUUCCUUACCAAAGUAAUUCUCCACACCUACGUGAAGUAACUUUCUACAUUAAUUAUCCUACUAAAAUUCAAUUUUGACCAAAGCUGUAUCCAUCUCGACAACCACUCUAGUCCUACGUAAGGAUGAAAGUUGACCCUAUGAACUUCAACAUCUGAAUUAAAGCCUAAUGAUAAGAGAUGCAUAAUAUUUGUUCAGUCUCCUUGUAUGUAUGCUGUGGAAUAGCGCUGUAGGCUUACAUAUAAAUGAGAUGAAGCAUAUUGACUAAAUGUUUCAAUUUCACAGAGGCAACUCAACUGUCUAAACUGAAAUUCUCCAUUUUAUCUCAGUGUAUCAACUCUUACAGAAGUGGUUCUUGUGGGGUGGUGUUGGGCCAUUGUGUAGUUUUGUUGUUACUAUAUUGUUUCUUCAGGAUGUGAAUUGCUUCCUCAAUGUUUCUUAGAACUCAAAUGCUUCCUCUGGCCAUUCUCUUACAGUACGGUUAAUUUACUGUAUCUCAUCGGUGCCAUAGAGUGACAUGGAAUUGAGUCAUAAAUAAAAUACGCAUAGUAAUGAACUUAAGUAAAUGUAUUAAACCUAGUCAAAUUAAUAAAAUAAACCUACCUACAGUGCA